AUGGCUUUGGACAUGAACAUACAAGAGUUGUUGGUAAUCGGAGAUUCCGACUUGUUCAUCAAUCGACUAAAAGGAAAUUGGGCAACCAAGAAUGACAAAAUACUACCAUAUGAAAACCUGGUACAGAGACUGUGCGGAAGAUUCAAAAGCAUUGAUUUCAGGCAUACUCCGAGGGCUCAAAACGAGUUUGCUGAUGCAGUAGCUACAAUAGCCUCUAUGAUUCAGCACCCUGAGAGUACCCAUAUUGAUUCGCUAGAGAUCACUCCGAAAGAAGAACAAGCUCAUUGCGCUGACGUCGAGGCCGAGCCAGAUGGCAAACCAUGGUACGCUGGCAUCAAAGCAUACCUGGAAAAAGGAGAGUAUCCUUCAGAAAGCUCAGCAAAUUAG